AUGCGACAUAACCAACUAUCAUGGACAUCAUAUUGGACUGCUUUAUUGGUUUUAUUCUUCUCUUUUGUGCACUCUCAGACAACAAUACAGGAUAAACACAGUCUGCCACAUUCAGCAUCGGCAGAAUUUCAUGUCACAUUGAAUACAUCGACCUUUAUAGAUUAUACAUGCACUCAUGGUGAGUGCGUCAAGUGUCCAGCAAAUGAUACAAGAGUAGAAACAUUGUGCAAUAUUGGCACAUCGGGAUUUCAUGAGCAAUUGAUGUGUUCUUCACCACUCAUUAAUGGCACAUUAAAGGUGGAUUGGGUGGUAUUGAUGCCACAUAUUUCUGAGCCGCAUUGGAGAGCAUGCAUUGCUCAUGACAACUCAGAGUCUUGGGGAUUAGUGAAAUUCGAGAUUAUCAACAUCAUUGGUCUGGUCGGAUCUGGCUCCUUGAUAUUCAUGCGUCGUAGAUGGCAGCGCAUUGAGCAAUACCGACGACUAGCCACACGAUCGACUACAUUUUAA